AUUUAAAUAAUCGGCAUCGAAAAUCAGCUGUUUGUACACAGCAAAAUUCGUUUUCAUAACACCCAUUGACCCCACAUUGUAUAAAAACUGACAGAGAACUUACAUUUUUUGAUCAAUCAACAAUUAAAUACAAGAUGAAUAUUGCUCCAUUAUCUCCUGCAAGUGGUAUUGGACGGUUCUACAAAAAGUCUGCGAAAAUCAUACGCUUUGUAAGGCAAGGAUGCACCAACCGUCCUUUCUAUCACAUUGUGGUGACUGAGCGACGCAAGAAUCAACACCAGCCUGUUAUUGAGCAGGUGGGAACUUUUGAUCCACUGCCAAAUCAGUAUAACGAGCGUUUGGUUUCAUUUAAUUUCGAACGCAUUCGUUACUGGCUGGGACAAGGAGCUCACAUGUCAAUCCCAGCAGCUGAAUUGUUGGGUAUCUCCGGCCUAUUACCAAUCCACCCUCGUACUUAUAUGACGGCGUGGAGAAACCGCCAAAAAACCGCGGCAGCUAAUGAGUCUGUAGAAGAAAACGAAACUGCGAAAGAGAAAAAUUAAUAAAUAUUUUAUUUCAAUUAGUACUAAGUGUUAUUAAAUGAAAUUUUCAAAUCAAAAUAUUUAGUAAGAA